CCGGCCGCCGGGAGCGCGGAGCCGAGGGAGCGGAGCCGUGGAAGCGGCUCUGCUGGAAGAUGGCGAGCUGCUGGGACGCUCGGCCGCCCUGGCGGCCAGGGCGCCUGUCUCUGUGCCUGCUGCUACUGCUGCCGUUGCUGCUGCUAAGCACGGCCCGGGGGGCGCACAUCAAGAAGGCGGAGGCGACGACGACGACGACGGGCGCGGGCGCUGAGGCGGCCGAGGGCCAGUUCGACCGCUACUACCACGAUGAGGAGCUGGGCAAGGCGCUGAGGGAGGCGGCGGCCGCGGGGCCGCCCGGCCUGGCGCGCCUCUUCAGCAUCGGCCGCUCGGUGGAGGGCCGGCCGCUGUGGGUGCUGCGCCUGACGGCGGGCCUGGGACAGCCAGCCCCUGCCGGGGACGCGGGGCCGGACGCAGCGGGACUGGACGCCGCGGGGCCGCUGCUGCCCGGCCGGCCGCAGGUGAAGCUGGUGGGCAACAUGCACGGCGACGAGACCGUGUCGCGCCAGGUGCUGGUCUACCUGGCCCGGGAGCUGGCGUCGGGCUACCGCCGCGGAGACCCGCGCCUGGUCCGCCUGCUCAACACCACCGACGUGUACUUGCUGCCCAGCCUCAACCCCGAUGGUUUUGAGCGCGCUCGCGAAGGCGACUGCGGCCUCAGCGACGGCGGCAGCCAGACCGGGGUCAGCGGCCGCGACAACAGCCGUGGCCGCGACCUCAACCGCAGCUUCCCCGAUCAGUUCAGCACCGGUGAAACCCCAACCCUGGACGACGUACCCGAGGUGCGCGCCCUCAUCGACUGGAUCGGCAGGAACAAGUUUGUGCUUUCUGGAAACCUGCAUGGUGGCUCCGUGGUAGCAAGCUAUCCUUUUGAUGAUUCACCAGAACAUAAGGCCACUGGAGUCUACAGCAAAACCUCAGAUGAUGAAGUCUUUAAGUACUUAGCAAAGGCUUAUGCUUCAAACCACCCCAUAAUGAAAACUGGCGAGCCUCAUUGCCCAGGAGAUGAAGAUGAAACUUUCAAAGAUGGGAUCACAAAUGGUGCACAUUGGUAUGAUGUGGAAGGUGGUAUGCAAGAUUAUAAUUAUGUAUGGGCCAACUGCUUUGAGAUCACAUUAGAAUUGUCUUGUUGCAAGUACCCACCUGCUUCACAGCUUCGACAGGAAUGGGAGAACAAUCGUGAGUCUUUGAUCACAUUGAUUGAAAAGGUCCACAUUGGAAUUAAAGGAUUUGUUAAAGAUUCAGUAACAGGAUCUGGGUUAGAGAAUGCAACCAUCUCAGUAGCUGGUAUUAAUCAUAAUAUCACAACAGGCAGAUUUGGUGAUUUUCACCGGUUGCUUGUUCCUGGAAUAUAUAAUCUUACAGCAGUAUUACCUGGGUACAUGCCGUUGACCAUUAAUAAUAUAAUGGUGAAAGAAGGACCAGCCACAGAGGUGGAUUUUUCCCUUCGGCCAACUGUGGCUUCAGUAAUCCCUGACACCACUGAGGUGGCAGCAACUGCGAGCACAGUUGCUGGUCCUAAUAUCUCUCCUGGAACAUCCCCAUCCCACCAGCCGAUUCAGCCAAAAGAUUUUCACCACCACCAUUUCCCUGACAUGGAAAUCUUCUUGAGGAGAUUUGCCAAUGAAUAUCCUAAUAUCACUCGUCUUUACUCACUAGGAAAAUCAGUGGAGUCUAGAGAACUCUAUGUGAUGGAGAUAUCGGAUAAUCCAGGUGUCCACGAACCAGGUGAGCCAGAGUUUAAGUACAUUGGAAAUAUGCAUGGAAAUGAAGUAGUUGGAAGAGAAUUGCUACUGAACCUCAUUGAAUACCUUUGUAAGAACUUUGGAACAGAUCCUGAAGUAACUGAUUUGGUUCGAAGCACUAGAAUUCACCUUAUGCCAUCCAUGAAUCCUGAUGGGUAUGAAAAGUCCCAAGAAGGAGAUUCAGUAAGUGUAAUUGGUAGAAACAACAGCAACAACUUUGAUUUGAAUCGGAAUUUCCCAGACCAGUUUGUUCAGAUCACAGAUCCUACCCAACCAGAAACUAUUGCUGUAAUGAGCUGGAUGAAGGCUUAUCCUUUUGUGCUGUCAGCAAACCUGCAUGGAGGUUCACUGGUAGUUAACUACCCUUUCGAUGAUGAUGAACAAGGAAUUGCCACAUACAGUAAAUCACCAGAUGAUGCUGUGUUUCAACAAAUAGCACUUUCUUAUUCUAAGGAAAACUCCCAAAUGUUUCAAGGUAGACCUUGCAAGAAUAUGUACCCUAAUGAAUAUUUUCCUCAUGGAAUAACAAAUGGAGCUAAUUGGUAUAAUGUCCCAGGUGGUAUGCAGGACUGGAACUAUUUACAAACAAAUUGCUUUGAAGUAACUAUUGAACUAGGUUGUGUGAAAUACCCAUUUGAAAAAGAUCUGCCAAACUUCUGGGAACAGAAUCGAAGAUCUCUAAUCCAGUUUAUGAAACAGGUUCAUCAGGGUGUCAAAGGAUUUGUCCUUGAUGCCACAGAUGGCAGGGGUAUAUUAAAUGCCACCAUCAGUGUUGCUGAAAUUAAUCACCCAGUGACUACUUACAAAACUGGAGAUUACUGGCGCCUUUUAGUUCCUGGAACUUACAAAAUCACAGCAUCUGCUCGAGGGUAUAAUCCAGUUACCAAGAAUGUGACUGUCAGGGGUGAAGGUGCUAUUCAGGUCAACUUUACACUUGUUCGAUCAUCAACAGAUGCAAACAAUGAAUCAAAGAAAGGAAAGGGGGAUAGCACCAACACCGAGGAUACCAGUGACCCAACUACUAAAGAAUUUGAAGCUUUAAUCAAAGACCUUUCAGCUGAGAAUGGGUUGGAAGGUCUCAUGUUAAGCUCCUCCUCAAAUCUGGCUCUUUAUCGAUAUCAUUCAUAUAAAGACUUAUCAGAAUUUUUGAGAGGACUUGUAAUGAACUAUCCACAGAUUACAAAUCUUACCACUUUGGGACAGAGUGCUGAAUAUCGUCAUAUUUGGUCCCUUGAAAUCUCCAAUAAACCCAACAUAUCUGAGCCUGAAGAACCAAAGAUUCGUUUUGUUGCUGGUAUCCAUGGAAAUGCUCCUGUUGGCACUGAACUGCUUUUGGCUCUGGCAGAAUUUCUCUGCCUGAACUACAAGAAGAACCCAGCUGUUACCCAGUUGGUUGACAGGACUAGGAUUGUGAUUGUUCCUUCUCUAAAUCCAGAUGGACGAGAGCGAGCACAGGAGAAAGACUGUACUUCAAAGACAGGACAAACAAAUGCCCGUGGCAAAGACUUGGAUACAGACUUCACAAGUAAUGCUUCCCAGCCUGAGACUAAAGCCAUCAUUGAAAAUUUGAUUCAGAAACAGGAUUUCAGUCUUUCUGUCGCUUUAGAUGGUGGUUCUGUGCUGGUUACUUACCCAUAUGACAAGCCAGUACAGACAGUGGAAAACAAAGAGACUCUAAAACAUUUGGCAUCUCUUUAUGCAAAUAACCAUCCAUCGAUGCACAUGGGUCAGCCUAGCUGCCCAAAUAAGUCAGAUGAGAAUAUCCCAGGAGGAGUAAUGCGUGGAGCAGAAUGGCACAGUCAUUUGGGCAGCAUGAAGGAUUAUAGUGUCACCUAUGGCCAUUGCCCAGAAAUCACCAUAUACACAAGCUGCUGCUACUUUCCUAGUGCAGCUCAACUCCCUUCCCUGUGGGCAGAAAACAAACGCUCUCUUCUUAGCAUGUUGGUGGAGGUUCACAAGGGAGUUCAUGGAUUUGUUAAAGAUAAGACUGGAAAGCCAAUCUCAAAAGCAAUCAUUGUGCUCAAUGAAGGAAUAAAAGUCCAUACAAAAGAAGGAGGGUACUUCCAUGUACUGCUAGCUCCAGGUGUCCAUAACAUCAACGCCAUCGCUGAUGGGUACCAGCAACAGCAUUCACAGGUCUUUGUGCAUCAUGAUGCAGCUAGCUCUGUGGUAAUAGUGUUUGACACAGAUAACCGGAUAUUUGGUUUGCCCCGGGAGCUUGUGGUAACUGUAUCAGGUGCCACCAUGUCAGCAUUGAUCCUAACAGCUUGCAUUAUCUGGUGCAUCUGCUCAAUCAAGUCUAACAGACACAAAGAUGGCUUCCAUCGGCUCAGACAACAUCAUGAUGAGUAUGAAGAUGAAAUUCGCAUGAUGUCAACUGGCUCCAAGAAGUCCCUCCUCAGCCAUGAGUUUCAGGAUGAAACAGACACAGAAGAGGAAACAUUAUAUUCUAGCAAACAUUGAAAAAGACACUUUGCAUAUCUCCCAGCAUAAGUACCAAGCAAAAUGACAGUUCCUCUUGGGAGACUCUGCAUUAAGAAGAAACUGUCUUGCUUCUUCAAAAAGCUUUGGGAAGUUACCUUGCUAAAUUUAUAUCCUUUGUGAAUUUCGCUGGCAGUUUUGAACUUCCCUUCUUUCAAGUACUCUUAACCUUUUUCAAAAAAAAUCUGAUUUCUAUUUAUGCAGCAGAGAUGAGACAACCAGUUUGUUUUUUGUUUUACUUUAAGAUGAGCUAUUUGGAGCUUAUAUAACAACAGCAUAAAGCCAACUAGUGGAUGUUGUAUUUUGCACAUCGGGUAUUUUACUAGUGGCUUUGGUUUUUCUUCUUUUGUUUUCCUUUAUUUUUAAGGCCAAAAGAAUCUAGAUAUAUUAAGGCAGGGACAGCAGUCAGACUCUGACAUAAAGCUUUAAAUACUCAAGGUUUUUCUCAACCUACUGAGGAGUACUCUUCUCUAGUUAUCAAAUAGCUGGAGUUUCUCUUAUUCAGGUUUAAUGGAGGCUGAAUGAUUUUCAAACAUGUAUGACAUAAGAAAAUGAAUAAAUGGGCUUCCGAAUUUGUCUUUCUACCUGUUUCCAGGCUAGAUCAGAACAGGUGGGCUAGCAGGAUUUCACUACCUCUCUUGUAAGGUUUGACAAAGUUCUAAAUCUCCUCAUUUUAAGGGAGAUCUCAUUGACUGUGGAAGAUCUAAACGUCCCCUUGAAUGGAGAUGAGAGGGAGAUACUAGCAAAAGCUGAAACUCUCAUUGCCUAUCUUUUAACUUGGUAAAAACCCACAGGUGCUGCUGCUCUUAUCUGUGAAGCGCUAGUUGAUUCUAGGAAUGCCUAAUUCUUCAAUAGUUCCUAAAUUCAAGCCUUUUUCUAUGUUAUACACUUAUGGUUUUCAGAUGACCUAGCCAUCUACAAGUUCUGAAUUCUACUGAACAAAUCUGGAAGUGUGGAUGAACCUACCUGCACAUUUGAACAUACAGUAUCUAUAGUCCGUGCUCCAGCCCCAGCCUUCGCCCUUAAAGCAUACCAUUAGUGAACUAGUGUCACCAGUGUUGUUCCUGGCAGGCCUCUGCAAGUGAUUGGGUUCUUUGACCUACAGUUUCAUUUGACACUGUCUUUUUUUUCUCAACAGCCAGUUUUGUUAAAAGUUCAGUUGAAAGCCUUUAACUAUGGCUUUCCCCACUUAAAAAAAUGUAAACUAAGGAUUGUGUGUGAUAUAAUACUGUGGUGUGUAAGUAUCAUCUUCACUGCCCAUCAGGUCAAGACCUGAAAGAUAUGCAUUUGACUGUGUCCAUCUCAUGCUAUUCAGUGGAAAUGAUACUUUUGUUAAGUAUGAGUCCUAUCAAUGAUGUAAUGGUUUAAUACCUUUGAAUGUGUUAAUGGUCAAGUUGCUGCUGAAUUUGUACUAAAUCAGGGGAUAAAAAAAACUAGCUCUUAUUCUUUCAAACUGUAUUCAUAUCUAUUAAUGUAUCACUUAUCCCAAAGCCUUCAUGUGGAAGGGUUUGCUCAAUUCACCUAGGUCAUUCCACCAGGUUUUUAUGAGGAAUGAAUCCAACAUGGCUUUAUACAAUAGAGAUCUCUUUAGGAAGCAUAAUGAGGACAUGACGUGUGUCAGCAAAUAUCUGUGAUAAGCUUGGGUGGCUUAAGGUUGAGCCAUUCUAGUACUGAUCCUGGCAUUAGUAACCCCAAAUUUCACCACUUUCACUCACAUCCCAUAUACACACAGAGUUUGUGGGAUUCUAAUAAUGAAUGAAAUAUACAUAAUUUGAUUUCUUCUAAUAACACUUUGUUUUCUGUAAGUAAAUGGGGUAUUGCUUUAUUUUUAAGAGGGCAAAGUCAGAAAACCAACAGGAGUCCUACAAGUUGCUGGCCCUGCUUGGGACAUUGCACCUAAAAAUGAAACCAACCUGCUGGGACAGCCUUGGCUUUAUUAGCAUUGGCCUUCACUAAAGGAUACCUUCAUAUUUACUUCUGUCUCAAAUUAAAUGCAUCUUUAAUAUACAUUUUUAAAGGCCAGGCCUUUUAAGUAUAUAUAAAACUUUUCAUUUUAGAGAUGAACAUAGUUCUUUUAGUAUUUAUUCUUGAAAUGGAAACCAAAUCCUGAGAUUAAGUCUUCAAACUUUAAUAAAUGUCUAAAUAAUGCAUUUAGCAAAGAAACAAGGCCUUUUUGGGGGCUUAUCAACAUGAAUGUACAGGAUCUAUGACUACUAAGACUGUGUUCUCAGCCCUGCUCUGUCUUUUAUUUGUGAAUCUAGUGUAAUAUUAGAACAUAUGAACAGCAGAAGGCAUUGAAGCCAUAUGGGCUUGGGGAAUGCAUUUCUUCAGUAUUUCUCCUAGACAUGCCAUUCCCUUGGAGUCACAGAGGCACAUUAAGUAUCACAGUAUUAAGAUAUUGGCUCAAAUCUCACUUGUGCCCUUCUUUACUCACAAGGCAUGGUUUUGUCCUAGUGAUCAGUUUGUAAGCCUUCUUCCUUCCCAGCUCCUUAAACAAUAAAAGUAAAGUGAUUGAGGAAGUCAUGUUCAAAGUGUCUGCCUGUGUAAAAUGUACUCAUACUGAUCAUAUAGUUAAGUAAAAUGAGUCCAAGUUAUCAGGAGGAAAAAGCUGUUGGGUUUCCAUGUACUUGGCAGAACUCUUGGGUAGUGAGUGGGACCCCAUCCAGUUGAGAAAUGCAUGAAAUUCUUACCACAGGGAAUUCGCUUUGGGACUUUGUCAUAAAAAGGAAACUUUACAUUUUUGGCUCAGUGUAAUUGAAUGGUUAAUCUUUGGUGAUUUUCAUCUGAAUAACUGAAUUAGUGAAUAUUGAACUUAAAAUGAAUUAUGAGUUGACAAACUAAUAAAAGAUAAGUGUGUAUGUCUGAACUUACUGCGUUUCUGAGCUAGCCCCAGGUUACUCAGUUACCAUGACCUGAACUCCAUUUCCAUUUAUUCUCAGCAUUAAGUAAGCUUAUUUUUUGGUUAACAUAAAUGCACUUGUGCCUGGUUUUAUCCUUGCUGUAUUAAAAGCUUCCUGUCUAUGAAUGCUCUAAUAGUGCCCUGUAUUACAGUUCCCUGGUGAAAUUGUUUUAACAGUAGCAACUCGGCAUUUCCCCUGUAUUUUACUAAAAACCCCACUUAUGUUUGAUGUUCCAUGAUUUUCUAUCCAGCAACUAUCAGGGCUUUUAGUUAAAGCAGAUUUGGGGAGAAGAUGAUUAGAGUCCUUGAUUAAUGUCAACAAACUUGAAUUUCUAGUUCAUGAAGCAAUCUCUCCCAACACCCAAUUCUCCUAUUUUUGGUGGUAACUCAUCAAUUCCACUUGAUUUUCAGGAUAUUGUCUGGUUGAUUUUGAUUUGACGGAAUAUGUUAGGAAAUUUGAAAGUAGGUUAUCAUUUUAAAGCAAUUUGAAUUAAAUAUUAUGUAAAUGUGUAUGCUUAUGACUUUUAUAAAUGGCAUAACACAAGUGUGCUAGCAACAUCUGUGUGGCCAUACUGCAGAUUUUCUACAGGCAUGACAUCAUGCUAGUUUUAGACAUUUUCUUUUCACCUCUCCAUUCUUUUCAGAAUGAAAAAUGUCCCACUCCAGAACUAUCUAUAGCUACUUACAUGACAUGCCCAAUUCCCACUCAUCUGAAGUGCUUCAACUUUUGCUUUAGUUUAUGCACUGUGCCUUCAAAAUAAAAAUAAAUAAAUAAAAGGACUUUAAAUGAAGUUGAAUAGCUUAAAGAAAUCAAUCUGUGUAACUUAUGUGAACUCUAACUGUAAUGAGGUCCUUUCUGGGUUUUUUUAUAUGUAAACAGAUCUAAUCCUGUAUAAAAGUUAUUUUAUGA